AUGAGACUUCCUAAAGAACUGGAUCAUGUUGGUGUUGAACAAAGAAGAGCUCGCCGAUUGCAAAGACGUGUUUACAGAUGCCCAGGCCCAAAUGCGAUUUGGCACAUUGAGGGCUACGAUAAACUCACUCCAUUUGGAUUUGGUAUCAGUGGCUGCAUUGACGGCUAUUCUCGGAGAAGUGUCAUCAACUAACCAUGAUCCAUCCUUGAUUGCUGGAUAUUACAUGGCUUGUGUAGAGCAACUGGCUGCCCCCGAAUGGUUUGGGCUGACUGUGGCAUGGAAAAUAGAAUCUGAGCAGCACUUCAUCAAGUGUUUCACGACGAUUCAAACAAUCAGCAAAUGUACAGACAUUGAUAUGUGGCAUCAACCUCGAAUCAGAGGAUAA